AUUAUUCAAAAAAUGCUCAGAUGAUCACUCAAAAUUAAAAACUAUAUAUUUUUUUAUUCUAUAAAUUAUUAAAAUUGAUAUGAUAAAGAAGACACUGGUAUGGUUAUAACAAGAGAUAUAUAUAUAUAUAUAUUGGAAAGAGGCGCCAAGACCUUUGAUACUAUAAACUUCAGUAGAAACUACCUGUUUAAUCCAAACUGAGACGCAACUGUUCUGGGAAUCCCAAAAACCAGUAACCAAUUAGUUAAAAGAUACUGUAUUAAAAAAAAUCAUAAGCUAUGACAGUAGAUAUGGAUUACUUGUCAAAUUGGGAUGAGUAUCAAUCAAGAUAUAGUCAUCUUAAGCAAAAAUUCUUGGAAAUAGCAAGUCUUCACGUCAACGGUACAAAUUUAGAAAACAUUAAACUAUUUUACGAUCGUGAUAUUAAUUCAAAACGCGUCACAGAUGAAAUUAAAAAUCUUGCGGAUUUGCUAAAAAUAUUGGAAAAUCGGUCAGUGCUGUCUUACAAUAAUAUUAACGUCUUGAAAGAAAUCGCUGAAACAUAUAUCAAGGAUGUGGUGCUGAAUCAGAUCAUCAAAGAUUAUGAAACUCAACUUCAACUUCAUCAAACACUGCCGCUUUUUAAUAUUUAUAAAUAUCGAAGUGCAUUAACAAGUUCGUCAGCUGGACCAGAGCCUACUCAAUCCACAGGCUAUCAUCAAACUCACACCGUGAAUUUAUCUUAUAAUUCACAGCCAACUGAGUUAAAAACUUUUCAAGUAUCAGAUCUUCAAGCAAAAAUUUUUCAUUUGGUUAGUGAUAAUAUAGGAAGAUACUGGAGAGAUUUAGCUCGAAUGCUGGAUGUAAAAGAGGCUCAUAUUGAUUCGAUAGAUAUAAAAGACAUACCCAUCAAGGAUAAAUCUUUUCAAACUUUGGAAAUAUUUAUAUCAAGAUGUCUGGAAUGUGACUGGGAAAAAAAAUUGAUACAAUCAUUAAAUACCAUUCGUCGAAAAGAUUUAGCCGAAAUGGUUCAAGAUGUACUGCUAAAAAUAGUUGAGAAUUAAUUUUUGUUAAAUUUUAUACUGGUAGAAUGUUUUUGACUAAGUACAUAAAUUCCAAUGUAGUUUUUAUAUAAAACUCAAUAAUGGAUUUACUAAAAACUCCUUAACAAAU